CCAAAGAAAAUAUGGCAGCGCCCUGGGCUCCAGUCUUGCGCUAGUCACUGCUCUUCUCUUGAUGCUUCUGCUUCUGUUCCCACGCUGGAGCCAGAAGAAACUCGUUCGUUUAGUGCGGGGUAUGGCUGCAUCGAAGGAUUUCUGUAGCAUCGGUGUGCAGACAGGUGCGGACACCAAUGAGGAUGAAGGAAUCUCGAAUUCGUCUUCAACAUCUAAUCAGGUGUACUUGCUGUCUUCAAGUUUAGCAGAAACUCGGGAAUUGUCACAGGCAAAUCCAAAAAUCAGUGGACCAUGUGGUGUGAAGAGAUUCAAAGAUGACCAAGGCAGGUCAGUGUCUAUUGAGUUUCUUGAAGAUAAGAGGAAAUCAAAGAAGCGGUCAACCAUGAAUACAAGAGUCCUGAAAUUCCGGCGUCCAGGCAUGAACAUGGAUCGUUACUAUGAGACAGAUUACUACUUUGAAAAUGGUUUGCGAAAGGUCUACCCAUAUUUCUUCACAUUCACAUCAUUUGCAAAGGAGCGCUGGAUGGGACGAACCAUCAUCGACAUCUUUGAGUCUGAAUUCCGCCUCCUUCCUCGGGAGACAUAUGAAAAAUUCAUUGAGCUGGGCCGUGUGACAGUGAACUAUGAACCAGUGGGCUUGGAGUAUGUCAUAAAAGGCAAUGAUCUUAUGGCCAACACUAUUCACAGACAUGAAGUCCCUGUCACAGCAGCACCUUUGAAGAUUGUGCACAGUGAUGAGAACCUCAUUGUCAUUGACAAGCCAUCAUCCAUCCCUAUCCACCCAUGUGGUCGAUACCGUCACAACUCAGUGAUGUGGAUCUUAGCCAAGGAUCACGGAUUGACAAGCCUGCAUACACUCCAUCGCUUGGAUCGUCUCACCAGUGGUCUGCUCUUAAUUGCCCGUCAUGCCAACAUUGCCCGUUCCUUUGAGGUUCAACUCCGUAACCGGGAACUGGUCAAGGAAUACAUUUGCCGUGUUGAUGGCUGCUUCCCUGAGGAACCAGUGAUAUGCAAGGAGCCAAUUGAAUGUAUCAGCUUUAAGAUUGGGGUUUCCAAGGUGUCCUCAUCAGGAAAGCUUUGCAUGACAGAAUUCCAGAGACUUUCCUGGAAUGGGAAGACCAGUGUUGUCCUGUGUCGUCCACGCACAGGCCGCAUGCACCAGAUUCGGGUCCACCUUCAGUAUCUAGGGUACCCAAUUGUGAAUGAUCCAUUGUACAACAGUGAUGCAUUUGGUCCUGAGAAGGGUAAAGGAGGAUGUACCAUCAAGACAAAUGCUGAACUUCUGGCUGAUCUUAUCAAGGUCCACAAUGUUGAGAAUUGGCUCUCUUACAAACCCCAUCAGCCUCUUGAUCAUGCCAGUCUUGGUGAGAAUGAAUUUUGUCCUCCAGCUCAAAGCACCUCUCCUCCAAGGACAGCAAAUUUGAUCCUGCUGUCUGGUGAAAAGGGGUGGGGUCAGGCAUCCCGAGGAGUCCAGGUCAAUGGGGAUGACACAAAAGAUGGUCCCAUAUCUGAGAAAUCAUUUGAUCCAGACAAAAUUACCUUUGAUCCUUACUGCCCUGAGUGCAGAGUUGACUACAAGGACCCUGCCCCCUCUGACCUCAUCAUGUACCUCCAUGCCUGGAGGUACAAGGGUGCUGAUUGGGAGUAUGAGACUGAGCUUCCAGACUGGGCUCACAGUGACUGGCAGGGCUGACUUUGACAGCUUCAUUCUCAUUUGUUGCUUGUUUAGGAUCUUGAUACCUAUAAAUUUUUUAAUGCUCUC